AUGGCCUUGGUAGCUUAUUCUGACUCAGAGGGAUCCGAUGCCGAGCCAGACACCACACCAGCCCCUGUGAUCGACAAGUCAAAGAAGUCUGAUACCAGCACUGGUUUCCAGGUCGAUCGCAGCAACCCGCGCAAGAUUCGUGUCGCCCUCCCGAAUCUCAAGCCCGAACACCCCACGGACCAGGACACUGAAGAUGGUCCUGCGCGCAAAAAGGCUCGCCUAGGUGCAGGAUCAGGCGGGGCCUUCUCGGGAUUCAACUCGUUCUUACCCGCUCCGAAGCGUGUUGAGAAGAAGGCGCCUGUCGCCACAACGCGCAAAAUAUUCGGUUUGAAGACCGGCGCCACCCCAGGAUUCGACCGGCAAGCCGAUGCCGAAUUUAAAAAUGACCUCGCCUUGAACUUGAAUACCCACGGAGAUGCCGAUGGAGAGAUCCCUGCAGCAGGCAGUCUGGGGCAAACCGCAACCGAUACAGAUCCGGAAACAUUUCAAAAGACGGAAAUUGGCGAAGUCAAGUUGCAGGGUAACCCCAUGAUGUUCAGACCGCUGUCUGUGGCAAGAAAUCAGAAAAAAAAGAAGGCCACAAAGUCGACAUCCAUGCCAACGCCAACACCAGCCAACCUACCGACAGAAAAGCCUAGCGCAGCAGCCCCUCCACCGCCGAAACCCAAAGUCAGCCUCUUCUCCAUAUCAUCAGAGGAUUCUUCUUCUCGAACAGAACUACCAUCAGCCGCGGCAGGGACGUAUGAGCCAUUGGUGUAUACCACGGAAGCCGAGGCUGGAGCAGCACCCGCACCGGAAUCAGCACUGGAUGCUCCAUAUGCCAAUUCCACCGUGCCGUCAUCACAUUCACUGGACAACAUCGCCAAUGAUCUGAAUCUGUCAAAGUCAGAACGACGCCAGCUCUUUGGCCGUAAUGCCCCGCCUGUGGACUCCCGGAUCCUCACAUUCAAUACCGAUAAGGAGUACGCCCAUAACCAGGCCUUAGCACACACGGAGUUGGCUGGUACACAGCACCAGCCUGUGCGUACCAUCAAUACUACUGGCAAGCACAGCUUGCAGCAGCUGGUCAAUGCAGCAACUUCUCAGAAAGAGGCGUUGGAAGAGAACUUUGCUACUGGAAAAAGGAACAAGAAGGAGGCUGGAUCGAAGUAUGGGUGGUAG